AACUCAGCACAACGCGCUGCUUAUUUCCUUGAUAACAACCCAAGUGGUGCCUCGAUUGUGUCUUUGAAAAUUUCAAGCAAUGGAACUCUUUCUAAUCCUGUGAGAACGCUUACUGGCGGAGAUGGUUCAUGGGCGAAAUGGAUUAUUCCAAACCCUCCUCCACCUGAUAACACUGGGUUUGCAGGACCAGAUAGCCUAUUUUCUGCGAACGCGGUUGUCGUAUCUGGAAACUUUCUUUUUGUUGUUAAUGCUGGAAGUAAUACGCUUUCCAUGUUCAAGAUCGAUCCCAACAACCCUCAGUACCUCGGCCUCGUUGGUAAACCUGCCGGUACAUUGGGCGAUUUCCCAAUCUCAGUAACCUACUCAGAGAAACUUGACAUCGCUUGCGUUCUCAAUGGUGGAACAAGGGCUGGAGUCGCCUGCUUCUCAGUUGACGCAUCUCGUGGCCUGAUAGCCUUGGACAGCAGCCUUCGUUCUAUCGCCCAAGCCUUUAAUCAAACCACGCCACCAGGGGGCCCUAUCCUCACCGCGUCAGAUAUUAUGUUCAAUCCUUCUUCAACAGGUCUUUUUGUCUCUACGAAAGGCGCCCCUCCUUCUUCUGUAGGAGCGAGUCCAACCCUUGGUUCAAUCUAUGCGUGGCCGGUAGUUGGAAAAACAGUUUCCACAAUUGCGACUAUUUCGCAACCGUCAGGUGUCAUUUUGGAUUUUAGCCUCACAUUUUUGGGGGCAGAUGACUCAAUUCUGCUUACAGAUGCUGCCGGAGUAGGCUAUAUUCUCUCGGUGUCUUCCAGCUUGCAGGUUACGGUGAAGGACGCAAUUGUGCUUCCGUCGAACGAGGGGCUCGCUUGCUGGGGAGUAUAUGUGUCAGAGCUCAGUAGUGCAUAUAUCAUCACCGCAAGUAUCACCAACAUCACCGUUGUGGAUCCCGGCACGGGUUCUGUAACUGGCACAAUUACUUUGCCAGCAAGUGAUGUUGGAGUUUUCGACAGCGCAUCCGAUCGAACGUUUUUAUAUAGCCUUACCAAUGUUGCAAGCAUUGCUGUGGUUGACUUGGGCGCCAAUCCCCCCAAAAUAAUCCAAAAUCUCGACCUGAGUGCUAUAGGAGCUAGGAAAGGCUGGCAAGGCAUAGCUAUCUAC